UACUUGUCAGGUCCAUGUGAAGCAGCAUGCGCUCGCGCCUCAAGAUUCGCGGCAACGGACUCGGGUCCGCGGACCGCGGCGCAGUCGCAUGUCUGGCGCAAUGCGCGCAGCGCGCCUUCGUUUACACCGUUGCUUUAUCACACCGGUAGAAGAACUAAAUUCAAAGUGAUCGUGUCAAUGAUAUCAUUUGUGACUAAACAUUUUUAGUGAUAAAAAUAAUAGAUAUUAUAAUUAGUGUGUGUUCAAUUUAUAGUAGGUAUUCAUACUACUAACAAUAGUCUACAUAAAAUUGACUCAUACCGAUGAUAAACAAUCAAAAAUUUAAUACCACCUGUUAUCUAUAAUUGUAGCAGAUAAUUUCAUUCGCAUUGAAAGAACCAUAACAUAGCUGAUAGAUAGAUAGAUAUUACUUUUGAAAGGUAUGAGGAAGUAUUAUGACUUAUUCCAAAUUUAAAUCUAGACAGCCGGUGGUAGAAUUAAUUCAAAUUAGAAAAAUCGUUAACUAAGUUUAUCUACCUAUUCCAUUUAAAACGACGAAGUAAACAAAAACACGAUGUGACAGGAUGUGCUAUCUUGUAUUUGAAGUGUCAUUAGGUAUGCAAGACGUGGGUGUUAUUUAAAUUCGGGCUACCCACCCGACAUCGAAUCGAAAACGUACAUUUUUCACUUGCAGGAUUUUUAUCGUGAGAAAAUUCGUGUGAAGUGUUUUAUGUAGUGAUACAGUUUGUGUGUUUGUGUUUACGGGCAUAUGGGGCAAUGCGUGUCCCGGGGUCAUCCGGGCUCGUUCAGGGAGUACUCGAGACAUUACGACGCUGACAGCCUUGCUAGUAGUAUCACCGGAAGUACGAGGAAGGGCCGGAAGGGUCACUCUGAGUCGAAGGGUGCAAAGAAGCGGGACAAGAGUGCCAGCGGGAACGGCAACAGCAAACCGAGUCGGGGUGUGGCCACGUCGUUUGGGUUCCGUCGGCGGCCGGCCAGCACCUCGCGCGCCGACGACAACGCGCGCCGCAAGCAGAAACCACAUGAUAAGAACGGAAAUGGAGCUUCGACGGAGGAUCUACGGGCGGAGGAGGUGUUGUCGGGCCGGUCGACACCUCUCGCACGACCACGCAAGGAGACGGCGGGGCAGCCACUACGCACUAACAGGUUCGGUUUCAGACAACAGCAUGCGAAGACCGCGAAGGUGGGUGACGUGAGUGUGGUGGCUGAGCAAGCCUUCGGAGCCCCCAAUAAGGACAAGGAAACCGCCAUAAACAAUAAUGCACUAGAUAAGAAAAGUACAAAUAGCGCGUACAACCAGCUGCCGCUGCUGACGACGCAGGUGUCGUCCACCGGCGUCACCACCAUCGUGGGCGCCGCCGGCAUACCCAAGAACGUCACCAAACAAACUGUCAUACUCACCUACCAGCCACAGCAGUAUGCACAGGACGGACGCACAAAACCCACCAGGGUGUCUGAGCAGACUCGAGCGCCUACAUCCCGCGCCCAGCCGCUGUCCGACCGGCCUCCGGGGAAGUACACCUUCCAGACCAACCAGCUGCCCAGGCCGCAAUACCCAGCUGUUAAGAACAUCGACGCGAAGGUUGCUAAGCAGGUGGUAAAUAAUACAAGAAAGGCUAGCGCCGAUGGCUGGAGAGAAGGCGCAGGGUCUGCAGUAUCGACGGACUCGGGCGUGUGGACGGGCGGCGAGGGCGCGCCGGGGGGAGACGUGUCGCCGCACUCGCGCCGCCGCCCGCGCAACCUCGAGAUGGUGAUGCGGGGCGCGCACAACUUCCACCUCAGAGAGCUGCAAGUCGCCGACCUUGAUAUUAUGGAUGAAGCCGUUGUAACAGGACACGCGGUGAUCCCAUUACCAAAACUACCAAGUUCCUUUGAGACUGACCCGUCUCCAGAGUACGAAGCACCGGCCCCCACCUACCAACCUCCCUCACCAAUAUUACCCAAGCCAAUACAACUACCAGAAACACCCAGACAGAACUCACCAAUGUCUACGUUGGAACGAUACAGAAAUAGGAACAGGCCCACCACAAUCCAGACAAGUCUUGAAGAGGAGAAGUUCGUAUUGGAUAGAGCACAACCGGAAAAGUUGAAUAAGCAGAAUUCGUUCGUGAAAUCAUCAAGCGGUGUGGUUUCGCCGACUACCGUGAACUCGAGUAAGGAAUCUAGUCCAUCGUGCAAGAGUGAGGAGAGCCAUUUCGGAAACAGCAGCGCCUGGCAGAGCCACGCGGCUGGCGAAGCUAUGGCCACUAGAUCUCAAGACGACGUAUCUGUUGCAUUAAGUGUUUCCAGUUGCGAAGAUGAAAAAUCCAAGUAUGAGAACAAAGUGGUGCUGCAGCCGGAACCGGAAGUCCCGAAGAAGACGAUAGUAAUCUUGGACGAGCCUGCGCCGCCGCACCCGCUCCUCAUGAAGUCCAUGACCAUGAGCCAGCAUGACGCGCUGCGCGGGACUAUGAUGGGGUCAAUGACAAGUUCAAACUACAGCACUACAAGUACUUGCACAAACCAGAGUGGGGAGCAUCACAACCUCACGCUCACACUUGAAGAGUCUAAAUUCGACAUGUCUGCUCUGGAAACUUCUACUCAAAGUCUACUCGACGAUGAAACCUCGCCGGCGGACAGUCUAAUAUCGUCUACCAGCACUAGUGACUCCAACAAUGAGCUACAAGUGGAAAGAGAUGCUCCCUCGAUAUCUAGUGCAUACCAAACUGCUAAUACUAAAACCAGGACUCCUGAGCCUAUUGUUGAAGAGGAUGGUAUCGAUGGAGAGGUUUUAGGAGAAAAGGAAAUCAGCGAAGUGCUACGCUGCGGCGGUGGCGUGGCACCUGGUUUAGGCAGUGGAAUUGGCAUUGGCAGCGGCCCUGGGAGUGGGACUGGCAGUGGGGUCGGCAGUGGCGUAGGCAGUGGCACAGGAAGCAAACACGCCACACCGGAGUCACCCGGAACGCCGACACAUGCUUCAGGUUCUCUGUCUAUCUCAGAUGGACGGGACUUUUUCGAUGAUGAAAUAGCUGAUCAACCCGCUUUGCUGUUCAGAAAAAAUACGGACGGUAGUCCAUCGAGCAAGACCUGCGACUCGGAGACCAGCAAGCACCUGCGCCGGUCCAGGGAACGCAUCACCUCCAGCCCUCUCGCACAGCGGAACAGGAAAUUGUGCGGUCUCCGUAACGGCACAGAGCGGACUCCGUCACUGGACACGCUGUCGAGCCUCGCCUCCGACGACCUCAUGAUGGACAACGACCUCGCGCAGUCCAUCACCAGUCUGCAGAGCGUCGACGAUUACAUCGAGAGACUGGACAGUUCGUUGCGCAGUGGACUCAACUCGCUAGAUGAGAGGCAACUGCGCCAGGAGCUGUCGUCGUCCAAAACGGCCGUCCGCCAGUGGAGCCAACUACUCGAACAGAACAACAUGCUGGAUCGGCAACUGGCUGCCAUCUCGCAGGGGAAGAGCGCUCCUGACUCGCUUACUGCUAGCAACAACAGUCUUUCCAACAUCGGGUGAGUCUUAAAAUUUCAU